UCCAGGCGGGCAGCAGCAGCCGCGGGGCCGGCAGCCCCUCCCCCGCGCCGGGCCCCCCGGCAUGUCCUGAGCGGGGCCGGCUCGGCGCGGAGCCCCCACCACGGAGGAGGCGGUGGAGCAGCGGGCCAAGGGCCGGGCCCCCAUGAAGGAGAAGGAGCCGCCGGCGGAGCGGGGCAAGCCCGCCACCUACACGGGGGACAAGAAGGCGCGGAUGGCGGCCAAGACCAACAAGAAGUGGGUGCGCCUGGCCACGGUGCUGGCCUACGUGCUCUCCGUCUCGCUGGCCGCCAUCGUGCUCGCCGUCUACUACAGCCUCAUCUGGCAGCCGGUGCGGGGCGGCGCCGCGUCCCAGACGCGCCUGCCGACAGGGCCCAGCGCCGCCGGCCGGACGACGCCCGGGCCCAGCACGGAGCCGUCUACGCGGCCGGGUUCCGGCCAAGGGGCGGCCGGGACUGAGCGUGCUGCCACCUCGUCAUCGCCGGGGGGCGAGCCCGGCCCAGCCCCCGACCCCACCGUGCUGCAGCGGGUGCAUCGGAGCCACUGAUCGCGGGGAAGCGGGGACCGAGCUCGGGACACGGCGCAGCCCAGAGACCCCCACCCGGACAGGGGCACAGCGGCUCCCUCUGCCAGCUACCGGCAUCCACCGACCCUGACUCGGCUUCGCCUCCGCCCGGGGGCCGCGGGACCAUCGCCCCUCGCUCCGGCGUCUGCUCCUUGCGGACAGUGGCGCGGACACGCAGCCAGAUGCUCUGUCUGUCCUGCUUGCCCGUCCAUCGGGUUGCGCUGGACUGGGGCACAGCGAAUUGUAAUUAUUAGUUUUAAUGCGAUGUAAACGGUACUGGGAAGCCACAGAGAGUGGAGCUCAGGUAUGUCAGCCUAGCUGAAAUGUACCCAGAUGCAUUCCGUUUAUAUCUGUGUAUGUAUUUGUAGAUAUAUACACUCAGAGGAGAACUGUAUAGAAGUAAGAUAUAUGCUAUGUAAACUACACAAUGAGCACACCCUGACUGGUUUUAAAGGGCUAUCGCAGGAAACCAAGCUCGAAAGUUGCAAUGAUCCUGGUGGCUAAAGGAUGCCUAAAGCCAUACAGACCCCAUCAGAACAGUGCGUGUGACCUCCAGCUUUACUAAGUUUCUUUUAGUAAAGACAAGUCCAUGCUGUGUUGGAUUUCUAGGCUGGGGGAGGGAAAGAGUGCAGCUUAUUCUUUUAUUUGCUAUGCUCAUCAAGAGUGAUUCUAGAGGACUGCCUUCUUCUGAUUAGCAUCUCCAGAUCUAUGGUUUUGGGUCUCCUUGUAUGCUUCAGUAGGGCCUGGUUUAGAUUAGGGGACAGGGUGGGGUUUUUUCCAUUCUAGCUAGAAUACUUCAAUUUAAAAACCCUAUUUAACACAAAUGUCACAAAUCAAUGUCUAAAUCUACUUUUGAUCUGGUAAAAACAAUUAAUUGUACAGCAGUGUCUGCAUUUGAGUUAAGUAGGGUUUUCAAUCAGUUUCCUAGCUUGGUGUGUUUUGUUUUGUUUUUCUUCGUAGCACCUUUUCCCUUAAUUUAGGCAUGGCUUAGGGCAAACAUGAGUGGUGGGCAUGGAAAGAGAACACAUACCAAUAGACUCUUAGCUAGUAUUUUUAGUCUUUCCCUCAAGAGAAUUCUGUGGCUUAAUAUUCCCCAUCACCAGGGUCAGCUUUUCCCUUUGACUCUCUGUUGCUGCUCUGUUCUUCUAUUUAUGCCAUUCCGUUACCUGUGAAAUGAUACUGGUGUUCAAAUUUUUCACCACUUAUAGGAUCAACUGGGAGCAGAAUAUGAAUUUAGAAGCUGUGUUCCAUUGUUUUGGAAAAAUAGCUUUGUUUACUAACGAACAAACUUAUUUAAAACACGUGAAAGGAGAUGCUUAGAUAAUCCCACGGAGUUGCAGUCUUGCCCCAGUUGAGAACAAGGUAACUGCAGUGGUGGUGUCAUGUCCAGUGUGAAGGAGGUAUGCUUAUUCAGAAGGUAUAU